GUGUGUCCUCCCCCCGCGCCGGGUGCACCCUCCACCCGCCACCCCGCCCGCGCCCGCGCCCCCCGAGAUUCUCAUGUCUUACGAUUCCGCUUCCGGAGACUUUCUUCCGAGUUCCACAAUUCUAUGUACCUACCUAUAGGUACCUAUAUAACUACGUCUACUUGCGUAAAUGUGACAUACUCUGGCAUCCAUUGAUCGAUACCAAGCCAUACCUAAUAAAGUACCUACUUACUUGCUGUUGACUUUUAGCUGCAGCAGCCAGCGGCAUGGAGGGCGCGGCGGCGCUGAGUCUGGACUGCGAGGACAUGUUCAAGGAGAUCACCAAGAAGCUGUACGGCGAGGAGGCGGUGGCGGGGGGCGCGGGGGGCGCGGGGGUGGAGUUCCCCGCCGCCGAGCGCCUGGAGGACGAGCUGCGCCCCGAGGAGCACAUCACGGCGUGGGGGCUGGCGGCGCUCAUGCAGCACGGGGUGCCGCCGCCCGGCAUCCUGCAGGCCAACUUCACGCCGCGCACGGACCCGGGCGCCGAGGACCGCUGGGCGGCGGCGGACGAGCCGCUGGGCUGGGCGGCGUCGCGCGUGGCCGCCUACAACCCUGCGCAGCGGCUGUUCAAGUGCUGCGAGUGCGAGUGCGUGGGCUUCCUGGCGCGCGUGGCCGAGCAUUGGCUGGGCACGCACGCGCCGCAGCGGCACUUCCACUGCCCGCUGGCGGCGUGCGGCUACAGCGCGGGCUGGGCGCGCGCCGUGCGCCUGCACCUGGCGCGCGAGCACCACGCCGACGCUGCCGCCGCCGACCAGCUGCUGCGCGACAACCCCGCGCUCGGGGACCUCACGCGCUACCUGCAGCGACUCAAGGCCAAGGUGGACGCAGCGCGGCACGAGCGGCGCGUGGAGCCGGCGCCGCCACCGCCGCCCGCGCCGGAGCCGGGGGCGGGGGCGGGCGCGGCGCUGGGCGGCGGCGAGGGCGGCAAGCGGUACGCCUGCAACGCGUGUCCCUACGCCACGGACCGGCGCGACCUGUUCACGCGCCACGAGAACAUCCACCGCGACGAGAAGCCCUUCCACUGCUACCUGUGCCACAAGCAGUUCAACCGCGCCGACCACGUGAAGAAGCACUUCCUGCGCAUGCACCGCGAGCUGCCCUACGACCUCAACCGCAUCCGCCGCCAGCUGGGCGCCAAGACGCCGCCCGCGCCGCCCGCCCCCGCGCCCGCGCCGCCGCCCGCGCCCGCCCCCGUGCCCGCGCAUCACUACUACGUGAAGCCGCCGCCGGAGCCGCCGCCCCCGCCGCUGCCCACGCUGGAGUACCGCGUGAGCAGCGUCCCCGCGCCCAUCAAGCUGGAGCGCGCGCCGCUCGCCAAGGCGGAGCCGGCGCCGCUGCCGCCGCCCGUGCCGCCGCCGCCGCCGCUGCAGAAGGCGCCGGCGCCGGCGGUGGCGGGGACGGCGGCGGGCUCGGGGGGCCCGGGAGGCGCGGUGCGGCGCAAGGGCGAGCGGCGCUACGCGUGCUGCUACUGCGCGUGGUCUGGCGCGGACAACUGGUGCCUCAAGCGGCACCUGAACACGCACCUGAAGCCCUUCGCGUGCGCGCUGUGCGAGUACAAGGCGGCGCGCGCCGAGCGGCUCGCCACGCACGUGCACAAGGUGCACAACAAGCAGGCGUGCGCACGCUGCCCCUUCCUGGCCGACGACGCGCCCGCGCUGCACAAGCACCUGCAGGACGCACACCACAUCGAGAGUAGAAAUUUGAAGGUGCCGGGCGUGUCGCGCAGUGCCGGCGUGGUGGUGUCGGGUUCGUUCCAGGGCGGCGGUGUGGGCGGCGGGGGCGGGGGCGGGGGCGGCGCGCUGGCGGGCGAGGCGCGGGGCGCGCGGCGCGCGGGCGCGGGCCGGCCGGCGGGCGCGGCGCGGCUGUUCGGCUACCUAGAGGCGUCGGACGGCUCGGGCGACGAGUACGAGCCGCCGCUGCCCGAGUUCUCGGAGGCGCCGCCCCCCGCCCCCGCCCCCGCGCCCGCCGCGCCCGCGCAGCACUUCCCGCGCGACAAGGAGAACGCGGCGCCGCUGCACCUGCCGCUGCACCACGACCACUGCCUGCGCUACUAGCGCCAUCUAGCGCCGCCGCACCGUACCUGACACUAUCAAACACUACAUUCUAUAUUAACUUUAAGAAAUUAAUUAAAUGUAAAUAAAUAAUAUUAACACCUAA